AUGGGUGUAAUUGGGAGAAAGGAGGCUUUUCUAAGGGUUCUUGCUACCGUGUUCUUAGUGUUGACAGUGUGUCUUGUGGCAUUCGAUGCCCAAACUAAACUUCUCUUCUAUUCAGUUGUCCGAAAAGCAACGUUUAGAGACUUGAAUGCUUUGUUUGCUUUGGUAUGGAUUGAUUCUGCUGCUGCUGUAUGCAAUCUGCUCCUAUUAUUCAGAAGUUAUAUUUUGCCCGGUUCUAAAGAAGACGUAACAAGCAAUUACAAAUAUCUGGCUUGGGGUUUUUGCUUAUUGGACCAGGUAAAUCAAAGUCGUGUUGUCGUGUCAGUGGAUUUGAACGUGGAUAAGGUUAAUGUCCUCAAGAUUCGUGGUUCUUCAACAUUAUUGGUUUUAAGUUGGGCCCAAAUUUACCAGUUACUUGUCAAACUGUUUAAUAGUUGUGGACUAAACCGAGUUUUCAGUUACACGACAUUAUGCAUUUGUGCUUGGGGCAUCAUAUCAGGUGAAUUAUUGUCACUUGGAAUGUGA